GACCGGCUGACGCCGGGUGAGGUCUCGCGCUACAAACACACGAUGGGACACUAUGAAGGAAAAGAAAAGAGUGUUCUGCUAUUUCUUGAAAUUGUGUGACAAAGAGAAAGACCUAAGAAGAACUGCUGUGCGCGAUGGGUUAUGUCUUGCAUCAACGGUACUAGGUAGUUGGAAUUUUAUUCAAUUUAGCUCUUGAUGGAUAGAACGUAGGUAAUAAAACAGACAGAGCGCUGCCUUGCUUUCUACGAUCCACUUACUCAGUUAGCGUCGAGAACCAUUCAACAUUACUCAGGCAAGUGGUGAUAUAGCACGCUGAGAAAACAAGCAAGUUGAAAGUGGAUGUGCUACCACUGAAUCAGAAAAAGAAGAAAAACGAAACUCACAACAAGCGCCAUGGCAAACACAUUCUGCCAAUGAACAUUUUGAGCCCGCAUAGCUCGGAGCAUGUUUUGCUAUCUACACGAUUUCAUGAAUGAGUGCAUCAGCCGCGUCACUUCAAGAAAAACACGACUCGCUUGCAUAACACGACCGAAGACAUAUGGGACGCCAAACAGCUGGAACCGCUGCUGCGUAUGCAUCACGCAACUUUGUUUUCUCAGUCUCAGUCCAUCAUCGCAUCACGUGCACUUUUGAUUGCGUACUUCCCCUUCAUCUUACAGACGUUCAAUUUGCAUCUUCUGUGAAGUUACAAACGCCAUGAUGCUGCUUUUGAGUUACUGACUCAGAAUGCCGGAUGAAUUCCGAGUUUAAAACGCAGUCUAGGCUGGCCCUCCUUGAUUCAGUGCGCAUAGACGCAUGAAGAUUUGCAAAAAAGGGAUAGGCCAACGAGCAUCUGGAGAGGGCUGAACAGUGCCAGAAAGGAAGCAUCUUUUCGAUAAGGAGACACUUGCUGCGCGUUUGUUUGUUCUAGCACCAAAUCGAAGUCAGAGUCACCAUUUCUACGUGCCAAAUUUCGUAGAGCGUGUAGAAAAAAAAGGCAAACUACAGUCAGAGGUGAUGAUAGAAGGCACUAAAAAAAAUUGUUGCAAACCUCCAUACGUCGCUCGUGAGGGCAUCACGGGCAUCAACACGAUCAAACGUCGACCCGCCGGUUCCUGGCGCAUUCUCGCAGAAAUGCUUCAUAGCGACGAUCGUUCGUUGACACAAGCUUCAGCUUCGUCCACGAAACUUCACGCAAAUCAAUGGAAUCUAGUCCAUCACUUACGAACGAAGUCCUUCGUACUUGCAGUGUGGGUUACAUGCCAGCCUCUUGCCCGACGCAUGGGCUUUGCAAUAGCUCAAAUCUAGAAAACGUGAAGCGUGAAUCCGCAAAGUGCGAGAAAUCUACCUCGCGGACGACUGGUGCUGUGGAUGAAUAUGUAUCUCGAUCGUGCUAUGCAAAUCACAGAUUGUUCUUCACAACUUCUGUAUUUGUCAGGAGACAGUCUUUCAUCAUGCG